AUGGAAGGGAUCGUAGGUCAUAAAUUAAUAGCGCUUUGGAAGGUUUGUGACAAAUCAGGUGCGGAAGGGCUGUCAAUGGGAGAUCUAUACUGCCCUUCCAUCACCUCCAUCCGGUCGUCGUUUCCUUUACAUCGGCUCCGCCUUCCGAAGAGGGUCACAGUCACCGAGGUAAAGGAACUGUGUCGUUAUAUGGAUCAAGGAACUGUGUCGUUAUAUGGAUCAAGAAACUGUUGUAUCAUAAUAUGGAUCAAGGAACUGUACCGUUACAUGGAUCAGGAGAAAGUUUGCUGA